GUCCUCUGGUUGAUCCUCCUGUCGACGAUGUUGUUUCCUCUGGUUUCAACUUCAGUAUGCAAGCCACACGUUGCCGUCGUUCUUCGAGGGAUGCACAAGACAGCCGGUAUUUGCACAGUCGAGGAGGCCAGGCGUAGCUGCUCUUGACUACCCUCUCACCAGCACUGCACAGCAGUAUGUUCCGUGCCUGUGGUGAUUCGUGGAAGCUGCUGCCACACUCAGCUGUGAUGCCGCAAAAGAGCUCGUUGGACGUCGUGGCCUGGACGCUCUGCUCAAGAUGUUAGUGACUGCAAUGCAUGAUGAGGUAUCACCACUGCCUUCGGAGUAGCAGGCUUCAUGUCGCUGCUCCGUGCUGUUCGCCGGCGUCUUCCUGGCGAGGAGAUUGGUGUCCUGCUGCUAGAGCAGAUGUAAGCUGUUCGAGCUUCCACCUCCGUGGAUCCCGAUAUGUUCAACCCGCCGCGGUAUCGACAACCUCGGAUUUCAGUGCAAAAUUAGUGCACGGCGACACAACACUAUUGAGAUGCAAUGGAGUGGCUCAAAAAUGGUUCAUGGGUCGGACGAUGAACCUCCAGGAACAAGCACACUAUUGUAGCACUACUGUGUGGGUGGCAGGACCUGGUUUCUCCCUACUCAGCCACCGCAAAAGCUGGAGUCGAACCCGAGAUCAAGCAAAAAAAAAGUUCUUAUCAACUCAUCUGUUACAGAAGAGGAUCUUGAUGCAGGAGCACCGAAGCUGUCAGACGUUAGCAGUGAAUCGACCAAUAGACACAGGGGUAAUACAAUACAAAGUACGCACAACUCCAGCCGAUUAUAUACCUCAUUUUGUGAGGCGAGCAACCAGGAAGCCCCUGGCACACGUACAAACGUGUUGUGCAUACUCAACUAGCAACGGAUUUCUUGCGAGGUGCACAUCAACGAGGUCGACGAAAAGAACAUGCUGGAGAGUCUGAGAUUUGAGGCACACGUUCUGUCACUCAAGGCGGCUUCAGUGAUCAAAG